AUGAUAUCGACUCCCCGCGGCUAUUACAACGGCAGCGUGGUGGACGUGCGCGCGCACCGCGAGCUGUACCGCCGCCGGCGCAAUAUGCGAGGACACGCCAUCACCAUGUCCAACGUCAUCCAGGACAGUAACACUACUCGUCUGCAUCUACCCAGGGAGGAUAGACUAGAGCCUGAAUACGACUCGAUAGCAAAACUCUGUUGGAUGGGCGUGAGACUAGGGCUUGUCAUGCUAAACGCUACCCCGGUGUACAUAUUUAGCAACCGAUGGGGGUAUAAGGUCGAUGGCCAGUGGUCGGGGAUGAUCGACGACGUGUAUUCGGGAAGGGCUGAACUGGGUACAAACUUGGUUAUAACAGAGGAGCGUUUGGACGUGGUCUCCUACACGGAUAGUUUAGCUCCAUUCAAAGUGCGUUUCAUAUUCCGUCAGCCUCCGUUACCGUACGUCACGAAUAUAUUCACCAUGCCAUUCUCUACUAACGUUUGGGUUGCGAUGUUUGUCUGUGCUAUACUUGGUACGAUAACUGUGUAUUUUGCUGCGAAAUGGGAAGCUAAAGGGAGGAAGGGUCAAACACAAGUGAACACCAUAGGUGAUGCAUUGUUGCUGACUGUUAGCGCUAUUGGUCAACAAGGCUGCGCGAUGGAACCAAAAAAGCUGUCAGGUCGCAUGAUGGUGUUCGUGCUGUUCACGGCGCUGAUGGCGCUGUACGCGGCGUACUCCGCCAACAUCGUGGUGCUGCUGCAGGCUCCCUCCGACUCCAUCCGCAGCCUGCCGCAGCUCGCCAACGCUAAGAUCACGCUCGCAGCCAAUGACGUCGAUUACAACCAUUUCGUUUUAAAAUGGCCUUUCACGAUCCCCCCACGUUAUCAGCCGUACAAUGACGAUGUUCGGAAGAAUAUUUACAGAAGAAUUGAUCCGGAGAAGGGUCAGAAACAUUAUUACAAUCUUCAAGAGGGAGUCGAAAGGAUCAGACAGGGUCUAUUCGCAUUCCAUUCAAUCGUGGAGCCGGUAUACAGACAAAUAGAGGAUACAUUCCUAGAGAAUGAAAAGUGUGACCUGAUGGAGGCGGACUUCUUGAACAACUUCGAUCCCUUCGUACCGGUGAGGAAAGGGUCUCCGUACUUCGAACUGUAUAGAGUCGCGUGA